AUGGACCUUCCUCUGUACCGGAAGGGUUUCAAUCUCAAAUUCUAUCGGAGAAACAAAAAACGACUUCUCCUAAUCGCCGUUUUAGGUGCUUCCGGUUACGGUGCUUAUAAAGCCUAUCAUUCACCGUAUGUAGUUCAGAAGAGGAACCGUCUCAUGAAGCUCGUUAGAGCCUUCGUUUCUCUCGCUGAGCUCGUUUCCAAUUCCGCAGAAACCGUUUCAAUUGUUUCCAACGAUUUGAACCGGUUCCUCACUUCCGAAUCUGACGAAAUUCCUAAUAGCUUGAAGCAGUUAUCGAAAAUUGCUGCGUCGAACGAGUUUUCGAUAAUGGUUUCUAGGGUUUCGCAGUCUUUGACACAGGGAAUUUUGGUUGGGUAUAGUAAUUGUAAUAAAAACUCGGAAAUUGGUGUGGAUUAUUCGAAUUUGAGUGUUUCUGAUAGGGUGAUGGAGAGGCUUUUCUCUAACGCUGGAACUGGUUUUGUUUCGGUUGUGGUUGGGAGUUUUGCUAAGAAUUUGGUUUUGGGUUUUUACGCUAAUGAAAGUGGUGAUGGGAGAGUUGAUUCGGGUUCUGGACGAUCGGAUGGUGUUCCGCGAUGGGUGAGUGUGCUUUGUGAUGACAAGUGUGGGAAGGUGAUAGGGGAUUGUGUGCAGACUUUUGUGAGUACUGCUGUUGCUGUUUUUCUUGAUAAGACAAUGGAUGUUAAUACGUAUGAUGAAGUGUUUGCUGGUUUGACUAAUCCGAAACAUCACGAGAAGGUGAAGGGGGUUUUGGUUUCUCUGUGUAAUGGUGCUGUUGAGACUUUUGUUAGAACAUCUCAUCAGGUUUUGACAAAUCCGAAUGUUAAAAGUUCACCAAGGGAAAAUGGGGGUUUGAAACCGGAGGCCUAUGUUCAGAAAAUCAGAAUUGGAAGCUCUGUUAGUGGAGUUGGGGAUUCUGGGUGGUUUGAACAGAUUAAAUCAACCAUGUCUGUGCCGGCUAACCAGAGGUUUGUGCUUGACGUCACGGGAAGAGUGACAUUUGAAACUGCUAGGUCAUUUGUGGAGUUCUUGAUAUGGAGAAUAUCAGAUGGUUUUAAAAGGAGUGUUAAUAAGGUUCAUGAUGAGGUUUUAGACAAAGGAAUGCAGGUUGUUAGAUAUGUAGGAGCUAAGUCGUCAGUUAUUCUAACCUUAUGUCUUGCUUUAUAUCUGCAUAUUUUGGGUGGUAGUAGGAUUCUAUUACAUGCUUAG